AGACUGUUUUCUGAAGAGUGAUGUCUAUUUCCUUGAGCUCUUUAAUUUUCUUGCCAAUUUGGAUAAACGUGGCAGAAAUCCAGCAGGGAGGUCCAGAUGAAAAAGAAAAGACUACAGCAUUGAAAGAUUUGCUGUCUAGGAUCGAUUUGGAUGAACUCAUGAAAAAGGACGAGCCACCUCUUGAUUUUCCUGACACACUGGAAGGAUUUGAAUAUGCCUUUAAUGAAAAGGGGCAGUUAAGACACAUAAAAACUGGGGAACCAUUUGUUUUUAACUACCGAGAAGACUUACACAGGUGGAACCAGAAAAGAUACGAAGCUCUGGGUGAGAUCAUCACAAAAUAUGUCUAUGAGCUCCUGGAAAAGGACUGCAAUUUGCAAAAAAUCUCUAUUCCCGUAGAUGCCACUGACAGUGAACCAAAGAGUUUUAUCUUUAUGAGUGAGGAUGCUUUGACAAAUCCACAGAAACUGAUGGUUUUAAUUCAUGGUAGUGGUGUUGUCAGGGCAGGUCAGUGGGCUAGAAGGCUUAUUAUUAAUGAAGAUCUGGACAGUGGCACACAGAUACCUUUUAUUAAGAGAGCUGUGGAUGAAGGGUAUGGAGUCAUAGUCCUGAAUCCAAAUGAAAACUAUAUUGAAGUGGAAAAGCCAAAAAUGCACAAGUGGUCUUCUGAUGGCACGGAUGAGCCAGCAGAGAAGCGGGAAAGGAGAGAUAAAGUCUCAAAAGAAACAAAGAAGCGCCGUGAUUUCUAUGAGAAGUACCGUAACCCCCAAAAGGAGAAAGAAAUGAUGCAGCUGUUUAUCAGGGAAAAUGGUUCUCCUGAAGAACAUGCAAUCUAUGUUUGGGAUCAUUUCAUAGCCCAAUCUGCUGCUGAGAAUGUGUUUUUUGUUGCUCACAGCUAUGGAGGACUUGCUUUUGUUGAACUGAUGAUUCAACGAGAAGCAGAUGUAAAAAGUAAGGUGACUGCUGUGGCAUUGACAGACUCUGUUCACAAUGUGUGGCAUCAAGAAGCUGGCAAAACCAUCCGAGAAUGGAUGAGAGAGAACUGUUGCAACUGGGUCUCCAGCUCGGAGCCACUGGACACGUCGGUGGAGUCCAUGCUGCCUGACUGUCCCCGCGUCUCUGCAGGCACCGACCGCCACGAGCUCACUUCCUGGAAGAGCUUCCCGUCCAUCUUCAAGUUCUUCGCGGAAGCGUCGGAGGCCAAGAGCAGCUCGCAGAAGCCCGCCCUGACGCGGCGCUCGCACCGGAUCAAGCACGAGGAGCUGUGAGCUCGCCGCCGCCCGAGCGCCCGCAGCCUCCCGGCCCCCAUUAGAUUGCUUUCUUCCUCCAGCACAGGGUCUCGAUACGUUCGUCUAAAUAGCGUUUUGCAUUAUUUCUAGAUGAGUGCAACUGUCAAAGCAAUAUGGACUCGCGGCCCGUCUCCUGCGGGCUGAGCCCGGCUUGGCGCAGGGGUCUGCAGGCGGCCGAGCGCGGCUGGGUGCGCCGAGCCCGGCUUCGAACCGCCCCGGGGAGCCGCGGGCGCUGCAGCCCAGCGGCGUCUGCGCGGUCCUACCGCCCGCUGCAGGGCGGCCGCUACUGCCCAGCCUCAACCGGGCCCGUUUUUACUCCCCCUUAAACCUAGCAAGCUUUUAUUCUAGACUUCAAACUUUCCUUUUAACCAGGUUUUUCCCUCGGGUCAUCUGAUGAGCUCCUCUCUUUUUAGAAGGCCACACACCGGGGUCCUAGAAAUGCCAACUUUAAAUUGAGAACAUGAAUACCAUGAUGAAUUUGGGGGAGUACAAAUUGUUCUCUCUUGUAAUGACUGAUUUCCAUUUCAAGACUGAAAGAAAAACUUUGAAUAAAAAUUCAUAAAGUACUGAAUCCGAGUCCUUUUCUCCGGACAUUCCUGCUUAGUUGAACCAGAGUCUUUAUGUCUCUGACUUGAGGAGAGAGCGUUCGAAUGAAAACGUAAGCAGGUAUUUUAGAUGCAGGUAUAAGGCCCCAUUUUCAGUGAAAUUUCUAACUUAUGAAAACUGACCCUACUGUUAAUAUGUAACAUGGGGAGAGGCAUUUAGGUGACACACUCAAGGCUUGCUCUCUCUACUCCCAUGUGGAGUUUUGGUGGUAGUUACUAAUCCGUGCUGAGUGUGCUUGGACCUUUCUUGUAGUAAACCCUUGUGGUUACACCAUUUAUUUUUUACUGUCAUCAAGAAAAUGAAACUGCAUACCCUUGUCCUUCUGAAAGGCUAUGUAAAGUUAAAAUGUUUCAGUUUUCAUCUACAAUAGGAAACGAGAAUGAUUUUCUCUUUUAGGUCCAAAAUUUUUAGUGUUCCACUUCUUCUGAUAGGGUUUUGCCAUAUAAUCCAACAGUUAGGUCCUUUAACCCAACUGGGAUCUGGCCAGCACGGUGAAAUACAGAAGAUAAAAUAGGUUGACAUUUUACUGGCUUUUAAAUUAAAACAUUAAACAUUAAUUACUUGAAGAAUUUAAUUAGUGAAGAUUAUAUCCAGUGGGUGAGAUUGUAAAUUUAAUACUUCCAAUCCUUUCUUAAGUAAAUUCAACAAGUAAUGUGCCUGCCUCGUUUGAGAACAUGGAAAAGUAUAUCCAAAAUGAAACCGAGGUACUGUCUAAUGCCUCAGAAGAAAACCUGGACUCAGCAAGCUUAUGGAGAAUUUCUUUAAUAUUAUGAACUGAUUUCAGCAAGUUUUAAAACUGGUAAUAUCUCCUGUUCCUUAGCAUCUACAUGCGUUCAAUAGUUCUGUGUUCUGAGUGCCGGUGAAGUAACGUGGCUGUGGCCAUGUCUGGUCAUCUUCUGAUAUUACUUGAGCAGAAACAACUUAAGAGGAAAAUCAAAAUGGCAUUUUACCCCCAGCUCCUGGGUGGUUUAAAAUGUGUUAAUCCAACAAUGUCAAGCACAUUGCUCUGUCAUUGUCGCCCUUGACAUUUCUAAUUUUAGAAGGAUUGGUGAGCUCAAAAAAAAAAAAAGAUAGCUUCCCAAUGGCUAGGUUUGGAAAAUUGGUGUGGAUUGAAUGUUAUAAAUUGUCUGGUGUUUUAGUAUAUAAAAAUAUUCACUAAUUUUGUGACAUUAAGACAAAAGCCAGCACUUAUACAGGAAUAAAUUUGUGAAGGUUCUGCAGCUGAAUUAAAGCAAAGUAAAUGUGCUCAGCUUAUGAACCAAAGGACUCCUGGUCCUUCCCUCCAGAUCCCUCACUUGUACAGAGAGUGUCAUUGAUUUCUUAUGAUGACUAUUUUAUAAUCACUGAAUUGUAACCUUGUUAUCUGUCUGGUAGAGAGCUAUUUACAGAGUUAUAUUUUGUAAAUGUCUGUUACUGCUUGUGGAUCUGCAUUGUAGCAACCCACAGGGAGCCAGGCAAGCACUCCAGAGAUAAGUGACUCCUUAUAGCAUAGGAUUUCGUAACCUGUUGAUUGGGAUGCUGUUGGUGUAUGUGUAAUGAUACUGUUCACCUCGGUUUUCUUGGGCUAACAACAAGCAGUUGACAGUACCCCACCUGCAGAGGGGUGGCCAGUGUUAAUAUUUCUUCUCUGGUCUUCUCCCUGUUAUCUCCUUAAAAAGAUUCUGGGCAUGGGGUGGUAUAAAGGUAGGCUGUGGGCUUUUUUUUUUUUUCUUCUUUAACUAUAUACUUAGUUCUUAGAGUAAAUAGAUUGAGAAAGACAUAAAUUGGAGAUUCAGAAUAGUCCUGCUGAAGCUUCGGUGCCGGGCAGCUGCUUUGGAGCUUUCUAAAGGGACCUAACAUGCAGUCCUUGAAAGUCAUGCUGGAUAUUUGAAAGACCAUCUACUUGUAAUAAUGUUCUUUUCUCAAAUUUCUACCUUGUGCUUCCUGGAAUGCAUUUCUGUUUAUAUGUCAAAAAUAAAUAAAUAAAGCAUAGGAGUUUCCUAUAAUCUCUUUUCUGUUAACAUUUUAAAAUAAAAAAGGUUUUUCCCACAA